UCGCAGGAUAUGCUGCUCCGUAUGAUGUGGAAGUUGAUGAUUGUUUCUCAAGUUUCUUCCGGGUAGCUGGCAUGUCAUGUGACAAACUGUGGCGAUUCUGAAAAGGUUCAAGAUGACCACACUUCUCCGCUUGCUCCUGGGGGCUGGCCCCCUGCUGUCACAACUUGUCCUCAGCCCGGUACAUGGAUCUGACAAUGCCACCCUCCCAUUGGUUAUGUGGCAUGGAAUGGGAGACAGCUGUUGCAACCCUCUCAGCAUGGGUUCCAUCAAGAAGAUGAUCGAGGAAGCAAUCCCUGGCAUUGACGUCCUGUCCCUGAUGAUUGGCAAGACAGUCAUUCAGGACACAGAGAAUGGUUUCUUCAUGGACGUCAAUGAGCAGGUGUCCAUGGUGUGCAGCCAGCUGGCCCAGGAUCCCAAGCUGAAGGAUGGCUACAAUGCCAUGGGCUUCUCCCAGGGAGGGCAGUUCCUGAGGGCAGUGGUGCAGCGUUGUCCAUCUCCUCCAAUGAAAACCCUGAUCUCUGUUGGGGGACAACAACAAGGGGUGUAUGGUCUCCCUAGAUGCCCCGGAGAGAGCUCCCAUAUCUGUGACUGGAUUCGCAAGGAACUCAACUCAGGAGCCUAUACCGAUAUUGUGCAAAAACACUUGGUGCAGGCGCAGUACUGGCACGACCCACUGAAUGACGACCUGUACAAAAAACACAGCCUCUUUCUGGCUGAUAUCAAUCAGGAGCGGGUGGUGAAUGAGACUUACAAGAAGAACCUCCAACUGCUGGACAAGUUUGUGAUGGUCAAGUUCUUGCAGGACCGCGUUGUUGAUCCAGUUGACACAGAGUGGUUUGGUUUUCUGAAAACUGGUCAGGCGAAAGAGACCGAGACCCUUCAGGAGAGUGUCCUCUAUAAAGAGGAUCGUCUGGGACUGGCAGCGAUGGAGGCAGCUGGGAAGCUGGAUUUCCUGGCCACAGAAGGAGAUCACCUUCAGUUCACCGAUGAGUGGUUCAAUGCCAAACUAGUGCCUUACCUGCACUAAAACCGCCUAGCUAGCUACACUGACAUGAGUUGACGUACGCACACAUUACCAUUGCACUGAUCAUUCCGAUACCAUCCUGCCGUUUAAAUCAAAUAAUGCACUAUUUAUGAUUUUUAAAACUGUUUUACCCAGUUAACGUACUACCACAGAGAAAUAAAGUUGGUGUUAGUUGGUUCUCAGAGAUGCAUGAGUCUAAUUUGGAGAUCUCUAUUCAAGUUUAAAUGUAGGAUAAUUUGCUUAGCACUGUAUUUUGGAAUAAAAGUGUGGUGGGUGUUUCUUUGCCAGUAGUGUAAUGGUAAAUAACAUGGAACUAAUAUGUUAAGAAAUCACUGGUUCUGAACAGAGUUAAUUAUCAAGCUCUCCUUGUUAAAAAUGGCACGUUUUCCCAGAUAGAGCAAAACAUAAGGGCUCAUCAUCCCCAUAUUUGGCCUGCUCUUACUGUCCAGUCAGCCAAUAAAGAAAAAUCCCCCACA